AUGAGAAACUGGCGGCGGAAUAACUUUGCCUUUCUGAUCGCUCUCCACGCCUUGUCCCUGUGCACGACAACAAACAAUGCUGACAGACCAAUUUACAACACGCACGGAGGGAGUGGUCCAGACAAGGUGGAGUGGCAGGGGUCUGCUGUUAAACCGCAGCACUAUGGGACCACAGUACCUCAGCUGCUGGAAGGCAAGGAGUUCAGACCUCUCAGCCAGCUAACAGCCAGGGGUUAUACUGCGUCACUUCAGCUGGUAGUUCGCGUGGAAGGUGAGCAGCUGGUUCUGGUGCUGGAGAAAAAUGAGGGGCUGUUUGCGAGCCAUUACACUGAGACACAUUACCUGGAGGAUGGAAGUGCAGUCACCGGUGCUCACAACUUUACGAAUAACUGCUACUACCAUGGAGAGGUGCAGGGAUAUCCAAACUCUGAUGUCACCCUCAGCGCUUGUUCAGGCCUCCGAGGUUUCAUUGUACUUGAAAACAAGACAUUCAUCAUCGAGCCGGCAUCUGACUCUGACAACGGUACCCACCUCAUCUACCGAGUGGAAGAACUCAGCCUGACCCCGGGAUCCUGUGGCCAUGGGUUCAACAUGUCUUCUGUCGCUCCUGAAAACAACAUCAUAAACCCCUUCCAGUCCUUCAGCACCAGGCACAAAAGGCAUGCUCAGAAGACUACCAAAUAUGUGGAACUGAUCAUUGUUGCAGACAACAGAGAGUUCCAGAAACAGGGGAAGGAUGUGGAGAGGGUGAAACAGAGACUGGCAGAGAUAGCCAAUUACGUGGACAAGUUCUACAGGGCCCUGAACAUCCGUGUGGCCCUGGUGGGCCUGGAGGUGUGGAGCGACUCCGAUAAAUGUCCUGUCACCCAGGAUCCCUUCACCACCCUGCAUGAGUUCCUAGAUUGGAGGAAAGUCAAACUGCUGCCCCAGAAACCGCAUGACAACGCUCAACUUAUAAGUGGGGUUUACUUCCAGGGCACCACCAUCGGCAUGGCUCCCAUCAUGAGCAUGUGCACAGUAGAGCAGUCUGGAGGCAUCGUCAUGGAUCACUCAGACAACCCACUGGGUGCAGCGGUGACUUUGGCCCAUGAGCUGGGACACAAUUUUGGCAUGAACCAUGACACCCCAGAGCGGGGCUGUGGCUGCAGGAUGACCGUCGAUCGUGGAGGCUGCAUCAUGACUCCCUCCACAGGGUACCCAUUCCCAACAGUGUUCAGCACAUGCAGCAAAAAGGACCUCGCUGCCAGUCUGGAGAAAGGCGUGGGCAUGUGUCUGUACAACAUGCCUGAGGUCAAGGUGCUCUACGGCGGCCAGAAGUGUGGCAAUGGCUACGUGGAGGAGGGAGAGGAGUGUGACUGUGGGGAGCCGGAGGAAUGCAUGAACCCUUGCUGCAAUGCCACCACAUGUACCCUGAAGGGAGAGGCUGUGUGCGCCCACGGACAGUGCUGUGAAGACUGCAGGCUCAAACCGGCUGGUACCCCGUGUCGAGAGUCCAGUAACUCCUGUGACCUGCCAGAGUUCUGUACCGGUGCCAGCCCUCACUGCCCCGCCAAUGUUUAUCUGCAUGAUGGGCAUGCCUGCCACAACGUCGAAGGCUACUGCUACAACGGCAUCUGCCAGACCCACGAGCAGCAAUGCAUCACCCUGUGGGGAUCAGGAGCCAAGCCAGCCCCUGGGAUCUGCUUUGAGAGGGUUAACUCAGCAGGAGAUCCUUACGGGAACUGUGGGAAGGAUUCCAAAGGUUCCUUUGCUAAAUGCGAAGCAAGGGAUGCAAAGUGUGGUAAAAUUCAGUGCCAGGGCGGUGCCAACCGGCCUGUGAUUGGAACAAAUGCAGUUUCCAUCGAAACCAACAUCCCUCUCCAGGAAGGGGGGCGCAUUCUGUGUCGGGGCACGCAUGUCUACCUGGGUGAUGACAUGCCAGACCCUGGACUGGUUCUGGCUGGGACUAAGUGUGGAGAAGGCAUGAUGUGCCUGAAUCGCCAGUGCCAGAACGUCAGUGUGUUUGGCGUGCAUGAGUGCUCUGCAAAGUGCAGCGGACGUGGGGUGUGCAACAACAAGAAGAACUGCCACUGUGAGGCACACUGGGCCCCUCCUCUCUGCGAGAAAGCCGGCUUUGGAGGCAGCAUUGACAGCGGGCCAAUGAGACUGGCAGCCGACAGCGUGGUCAUUACUGUGGCAAUCCUGGUCACUCUGGUCAGCCUCCUGGGAGUCACCUUCAUCGUCUUUCUGAAGAGGAAGACCCUGCUGCGCCUUCUCUUCGCCGGCAAGAAGAGCACCUUGGAGAAACUCAGAUCUGUGGAGGUUAACAAACCGACCAGCCCCACCAGGUCCCAGUCCAUGUACAGGACCACCCCACAGCGCAAGCCCCCACCCAAGCCCUCUGGAGCCAGUGUUUAUAAGCCGUCUCUCCUGAGCUCGGAGCCUCUUCUCCCUCCUCACAACUUCCACUCCCACAGUUUGCGCAGACUGCCGGUCUACCAGCCCCUGCACAUCAGUCAUCCAAUGCCCGUGUCGCUGAGUGUGGGCCAGCCCCCCCUGCCUCCCGUGCCACCCCACCAACGGGUCCUUCCUGCCCACACAUCCAUCUUACCUCCUGUAGUGCCACCGUUCCACAGUCUGCCCCGCCAGCAGUCGUCAUACAGAAUGGACCAGGACCUGGAUAAGCCCAGUCCACCCCAGAAGCCCCUGCCUGCUGACCCGCUGGGGAGGAGCUCUCGGCUGGGUCACAGUCCCGCUGCAGUGAGGGUCCACAUCCCUGGCACUGGACCUCUACCCAUACCUAUCCCCACCGUGCCCAGACCUCCACCCUCUAUCCCCCUACCAAGCAGGCCUGUGCCGGUGUUACCCUUUAGACCACCAAAGACUCAGAAGGACUGCUGAGCUCCCAGUGUCACAGAGGAGCAGCACUCCUACCAACAGACGAAGGCGUUCUUCAUUUGCACUAUUUACUGAGACAACGCAAGACCUUUUCGGACAGUUUGAAGCGUCUCAGAGUUUCUAGGAAAAGGGGGCUAACAUCACACCUUGGUGCUGUGCCUCUGUAAGGUGCUAUGUUGUCCUCGCUCAGGUACCAAUGAACUAUUUAACUUUGAUAUUUAUUAUUACUUUGUGCACAGAGCACUCUGACAAAAAAAGUGAUUUUCCCCGAGGAAAAAAAAAGAGACAGUGUGUCGUGUAGGGAAUUUCCUUUUCAUUCUUUAGUGAUUUUUAUACUGUUUCUGGGACAAAAUACUGAACUAUAUGAUGUUUUUUUUUUUUUUUUUUUAUAAUCCGUGAAGUUGCUUGAAUAACUGAAGGGCGAAAAAGUUUUGGACAAAGGUGAUGUUAAAGGGAAAUGGAACACAACAAAUCAGUGUAACUUAUGGCCCAGAGAGCAGUCGACAGUUCAGUUUUUCAUAAGAUAUUUAUGACCUGGCAAAAUCCAAAUGCUUUAGCCAUAUCACCGUGGUUCUAUAGAGUAUACACUGAUCGAAAUCAUUGUUCAAAUGCAAUGAAAAUGGUGAAAAUUGUACUUUGUGUGCAAAAGGCUGAUUGAAAUACUGAAGUUAAGUCAACUUUAAAGCCUCUGACUAACCUUGAACACGUAAUGUGACGGCCAGCCCACAUUCAUUCCCUUAUAGGUUCAUUUUAUCAGUAUCAGUGCAAACUUGAGAAAUGCUGUUUUCACACAUUUGUACACACACUCUAUGAUCCACUGCUUAGAGUAUUUGUUGGACACUCUGCAACAUGCACUCCUAAUACUGGCAGACACUGCAGAGCCUGAACGGAUUUGACAGACUGAUUGUGUUCCAGAGAAUUACAGCAACACCAAAUAAUUCAACAAUAACGCUGGUGUUUGGGAGUGCAAACAUUUUCACUCGUUUGAUACUUGAGUGUGUGAGCCAAGGAGGAUGACUUCAGUGCUGUGAGGUUUCCAAGGCCCUCCCUAGACUUUGUCCAAUAAGAUAUUUUACCAUAUCUGUCUCGUCUUUUUUGCUGCCAUAGCAUUGCAUUUGGAUUUUUUGUGGCUGAGUUAUUCCUGAUCUUAGACAUUAUUCAUCCAUUCAUAGCAUUGUUCAUUAAAACUGGAGCUUGGCAUUGCACUUUGAAUAUUAGGCACUUUCCUUAGUGUUUGUUGAUUUGCUGUAUCCAAGAAGGUUUCAUCUGUUGAAAACAUUGUAGAAUAAGUGUUCAUUCUUUUUAUGUCUUAGAUUGUGUCUGUGAUUACCACCGAGCUUUGGAUAAUGCAUUUUGUAUUUUGCAACAUUUCCAAAUGCAAAGCAUGUCUUCUCACCACUGUUGAAUGAUUAAGGCAUACUUACAUUUAUUUGUGUAAGGGUGCAAGUAAUGCUUUUUUUCAGAUUUUGUUUUUUAUUCAAGUAUUCAGAUGAUUUCACAACAGUUACAGAUGGCUAACAGUUAGAAUAACUGCUCUCUGCUGGAAAAUACUUGGUCGUGCUGUGUAUGGUAGUCGAAAAUGUUAAUGCCAUUUGUGAACGUACUGUGUUGAUUUGCAUAAUUGUAACAUGUUCAAAAGCCAUUGUAAAGUGUAAAUACUGUAUGUCGGUAAUCAUGUCUUCUGCAUUUUUUUCCUUUUGUUUCUUUUUUUUUUUUUUUUUGUACAAGCACAGUUAUAUAACAUCAUUUACACCAUACCCCGUCUACAUUUGUUAGUGAAUAAAUUAAAUAAUUUUGAAAUUUCCGCUAAUAACUGGUAGGCCAGGGACAAUUGCGGAGGAUAACAUUCAUGGUCAAAAAAUUCAAGUCAGAUCUGAACGAUGA